GGUGAACUCAUUAUAGCCUCUUAUGAACUUGGGGUGGCUCAUCCCCCAGGCUACCCUCUUUUUACACUCAUCUCCAAACUCUUCAUCACGUUGAUUCCAGUUGGAGGCAUUGCAUGGAGGGUGAACUUGAUGUCAGCUGUCUUCAGCUCUUUCAGCAGCUUCCUACUGCAGCUUACCGUUUUGAGAACGACCAAAUGUAUUGGGACCAGUCUGCUAGUCUUACCUAUCUUCUCCCUGAACAACUUGACCUGGUUCUGGUCGACGUGCGCUGAAGUGUUUGCCCUAAAUAACUUUUUCACAUCUCUAAUCGUCUUCACCGUCGUUGUUCUAAUCGAUGGUGGGGCCAGUGAAUUUGAUAGCAAGCUGUUUCGUAUAUUGGCAUUUAUUUGUGGGCUUUCCUUAACAAAUCAACAUACGAUCGUCAUUUAUGUCCUGUUUGUGGCUUCUUGGGCGCUAUUCAAACUUCAUCGGGCCCAACUUCUUACAAGAAGAACGUUGGCUACCCUCACUUUCAUCACUAUCCUCUCCCUCUCACCUUACGUCUAUCUCCCCAUCUCAUCUCACAUGCAAUGGGGAAAGUGGUCUUGGGGUGAUCAGAGAAGUUUGGCGGGAUUCUUCACCCACCUCUUCAGAGUAGAAUAUGGCACUUUUGAUUUGGGCAAAGGCGGUAUUGGUUCUGGCUUUCAAACAGCCAUCAGGAUGUACUUCCAUCAUUUACAGUCGAGAAUGUGUGAGUUGUGUCCGUGGCUGGCCCUCAUUGGGCUGGUCACUUCUGUGUCUUGGUAUUUAAUAGACAAAUGCAAAAGUUUAAUCCUUGUAUGUUUGAUGACGACGACCUAUCUCGGUUUUUUCUGUGUAAGAGCCAAUCUGGAUCUCAAUAAUGCUCUUCUUCUUGGAGUUGUUGAAAGAUUUUGGAUGCAGUCAGAUAUUGGCUUGGUAUUGCUUGCCUGUGUAGGCUACCAUACGGCCAUCAGGUUAGUGGUGGAAAAAUUUUUGGGAACAUCAAAGGUGCCCAUGACGUCUGUUUUCACCACGAUGGGAUCCAUUAUCCUUAUUGCCCUGCAAUUACAAAACAACUACAGCAAAUGCAACAACAGCAACAAUUUUGUGGUUCACAAUUUUGCGACGGGGCUACUCAGGUCCAUGCCGCGGGGGGCCCUCAUUCUUACUAAGGGGGACCUACCAUCGUUAUCAUUAAGGUAUUUCCAUAUAUGCGAAGGUGUGAGACCUGAUAUUGACAUCAUAGAUGUUGAGAUACUCAGUUAUCAGUGGUCAAUUCGGGGUAUCAAAAAGUUCAACCCAAGCGUCGUCAUCCCCGGUGAUGUUUGGAACCUAAAUAAUUCACUGCUAGAAGAUGGAAGACAUGCAUUUAAUUUCAAAACGUUUCUCGAUGUUAACAUUAAAAGACGCCCGAUAUUUGCCUGCAUAGGAAUGCAAGACAGGGACCCAAGUUGGACCCCCCACUACAAAAUAUGGCCCUAUGGGGUCUGCCACAGCAUUCAGCACGUCACCAAUCCACUGAACCCUAAACUAUGGGCGGAGACUGCAGGUGGCCUAGCUGACAAGUGGCGGUACAAGUAUAACGAGUUUGAUAAGAGAACGUGGGAGAAAGUUGCCAAUGAUGAGAUGUGGCACGCUAAGAUAGCCACAGCCUUUCACUUCUACAAGGAAGGAGUGCAAUCGAAUAACGAUAACUACAAGGCCGAUCUGCUCUACUACUCCUACGAGCUGUACUUCCGCGCCAUAAAAUUACACCAGCACCCAAGUCGAAUGACCGACGUUGAAACUUUUCCUAGUUUCUGGCACAAAAAUUUCGCUCUGGUCUGCGAGAAGUUGCUCCAUGUGACGAAACCGCUGGGCCUGGAUAAGAUAAAAUUGUGCAAAUCCAGCAUCUUUCAUUUCGAGCAGUACUUGCACCUCAGUCACGACGAUGCAGACGCUAAUAACAUAAUAAGCGCCAUUCAAAUCUUGAAACAGAGAUUGGAUGUUUUUAAUAAUUUCAAAAAGGCAGACGAAACCCUCGAACGAGCGGCGAGAAAUUUGGAAAAGUUGGAUGGAAUCGCAGAAAAAAUGAGAAAUUUCACACGAACAACAAGAUAAUAAUCCCACCUUACAAUAUUUUAAAUAAAAUUAAUCGGUCGACAUCUUAAAAUCAGUAUUCAACUAAGUGUAUCGCAUACUUCAAAUGAUAGUCUCAUUGAUACAACAGCCUAAUGAAACGUUGUUGAAUCAUGUUUCGUUUGUUUUCAACUGUACAUGUGGUCCAGAUUUCUACAUCUCAAGCAAUUUAUUUACAAAACAUUGUUACCGUUAUACAUAGGCAUACGUAUUUUAAAACGACUGAUAUUUCCUUUUGUCAUCUCUUCAUACAGAAUCAUGAACGUGUGAGCAAUUUCUAGCGAAUCAUGUCAUUAAAACUUCUAUGAACCUACUUUUACGCUGAGUAGUUUUAAGUUUUUCCAUUAAAAUGGUGAUGAAAGUUUAUUGAUGAUAUUAAACUUUAGCUUGUUUUACUGGAUCAACGUAGCACAACUUUGAUAUUUAUUUUGUUCAAACGAAUCAAGUAUUCAACUAUUUUUCUUUUAAUUAUUUUUUUUCCAUGCUAUUCUUCAACAGCACGUUGAAUGAUUUUUUUUUUCAUACAUGCAUGCAGCUGUUUUUUUUAUUUGUUUCUGUUACUUGUUGAUUGGAGUGCUUAGAAUUUUUUUGAAAAUAUUUCAACAAAAUUUUAAUGAAAUAAACAAAAAUUUAACAAAUGAA